UCCCCCCCGCGCCACCGUCGGCGGAGCGGGGUCAGGGCUGCGGCCCGGAAGCGGCGGCGGAGGCGGGGCCCGGUGCCGGGGCCUGUCCGUGUGUCCGGCCCGGGGCUGCCCGGGAGCGGCCUCUCCCCCGCGCUGCCCGUGCCCGCAGCCCCGGCAGGGCAGGACGAUGGUGCAGAGCCCGCCCGCACGGCAGCGCCGCCGCCUGUGAGCCCCGCCCGGCCCCGGGGCCCGAGCCCCGCCGCGGACGCCGGUGAACAAUCAGAAUAAUGUUCUACAUAAACCUGUUGGAGAACCUGAAGGUUUAUGUCAGCAGCCGCCCUCCGCUCGUGGUCUUUAUGAUCAGCGUGAGCGCCAUGGCCAUCGCCUUCCUGACACUGGGCUACUUCUUCAAGAUCAAGGAGAUCAAAUCCCCAGAAAUGACAGAGGACUGGAAUACUUUCCUGCUGAGGUUUAAUGAUUUGGACUUCUGUAUAUCUGAGAAUGAAACCUUGAAGCACCUCCUGAACGACACCACAACCCCAGAGAGCACGGUGACCAGCGGCCAGGCCAGGUCUUCCACGCAGUCCCCACAGACCCUCGAGGACUCUGGUCCCAUCAACAUCUCUGUCACCAUCACGCUGACCCUGGACCCUCUCAGACCUUUUGGGGGAUACUCUCGCAAUGUCACACACCUCAGCUCCACAAUUUUUGGGCACCAGAUUGGACUUUCAGGCAGAGAAUCCCACGAGGAGAUCAACAUCACCUUCACCCUGCCAGCUGCCUGGAACUCUGAUGACUGCGUCCUGCACGGCCACUGCGAGCAGGUCGUGUUCACCACCUGCAUGACUGUGACAGCAGCCAGCAACGUGUUCCCAGUCACAGUUCAGCCACCACAUUGUGUUCCUGAAACCUACAGCAAUGCCACUCAGUGGUACAAGAUCUUCACCACGGCCAGGGACUCGAACACAAAAUAUGCCCAGGAUUACAACCCCUUCUGGUGUUACAAGGGAGCAAUUGGCAAAGUCUACCAUGCUUUAAAUCCCAAACUAACUGUUAUAGUUCCAGAUGACGAUCGCUCUCUAAUAAACCUGCACCUCAUGCACACCAGUUACUUCCUCUUUGUGAUGGUGAUCACAAUGUUCUGCUAUGCAGUCAUUAAAGGCAGACCAAGCAAACUGAGGCAAAGCAACACAGAAUUCUGCUCUGAAAAGGUUGCUUUGUCAGAAGCAUAAACCCCCCCUGUCCUCCUGAGAACGACGAAACCAUUGCCUGCUGAACCCAGCCUGGGUCUUAACACUCUGUGAAUCCAUUACCUUGCAAUGUUGGUUUAUUCCAACCAAAGACAUUUCAAAGUGCCUGUAAUUGAUUUGUACAUAUUUAUAAAAGCAGAAUAUCCAGAGUAAUUCUGAGCAGAUGUGCUUGUCCCCUGGCCCUGCCCUGGGACAGCCCCAUGUUGGUGUAGAUAACUCCAGUGAAAAGGCUCCACUGAGGCAGAGAUUUUUGUCUAGCUGCACCUGGGCAGGUGAAGAUGCCUUUGCAAGUGUCUCAAACCAACCAAGAGAUGUUUGGUUUUUUGCCCAACCUGUACAGUGUGUUUGAACCAAGUAUGCACCUUUGAUAUAAUCCUGCAUUUCCAAAGCCACCAAUCUACAACAUGAAUUCAAUGUGUGUUUGUGUGGCCUAAUACUUUAUUCCAUUUGCUCCUUGCUUGCAAGAAAAGAUAUCAACGUUUUAGAUUUUUUUUUCUCUUUUGGAAGAAAAAAAAAUACAUAUUCACAUUUUAAUAGUGCUGUAUUUAGGACAAACUUGUGCUUUUAUUCAUAGUAAAGAAAUUAAGAAGUGAAGUCCCAUUUUAAACUGUUACUUACUGAAAAGAACUGUUUGAUUUUUUUGUUUUGGUUUGGUUUUUUUUGGUUUGUUUUUUUUUUGGUAUUUCAUUUGGCUUGCUGAAUGCCAGAGAACCAGUCAGCACAGAGACUAUCUGGAAAACUUUUCCACUUGGCCUCCCCUCCCCAGCCCUCCAGCCAGGAUUGUGUGUCUCUGCUGCAGAGCAGCUGUCUGUAAGCUUUUUUUUUUUUUUUUCAUUUUCUUUCUUUUCUUUCUAGAAAGUGAAACUUAAUAAAAGAUGUAUUGUGUUAGCAGCCUGCCCGGGCUCUGCGCAGCCUUGGGCAAGUGCAAAGAGUGAAAGGAAAAGAGAUGCCAGAGUCUGUUCCAGAGCUUCACUCUGGGCUGUGCCUGCAGCUCUGAGGGGAGCUGCCCCUGGCCCUGCUGGGCUCUGGCCCAUUAAAUUCAUUAAAUUGCCAUUUUCUGCUGUCCACUCAGGGGAAAUGGCCACCAAAGUGGGGCUCUUGUGAGGAAGGUCAAAGAAACCACCCGGUGAAACCCCUUCUGUUCUCUGUGUCCAUUCUUCUGUCAGAGAUUUGGUUCUGUGCAUUUCUCCCUUCUCCAUUCUGCCUUUUGCUGGUUUUUCUUCUGGUUCCUUGAGCGGCCUCCUCAAUUUCAGGGGUCAGGCUCUUCCUGCAGACAUUUCCACCCCUACUUUUAAAUCUCACUGGUUGCCUUAACUGACUUUUUACUUUCCUCCCAGCUUUCAUUCAUUCCUUCAUUCCUCCAUUCCUUCAUUCCUUCCCACAGGCUUUUUUUCCUCCUCCUUUUGCUCCAAACUCUACAGAAGAAAAAAGCCAAGUGAGAAUCUCAUAGUCUCAGUGAUGCUGG